AUGUUUGCCACUCUGAUCUCUCUCUCACUCCCACCUAAUCUCUCUCUCUGUUCCUCUCUCUCUCUCUGUUCCUCUCUCUGUUUUUGUUCCUCUCUCUCUGUUCCUCUCUCUCAUUUUGUUCCUCUCUCUCUCUCUCCCCCUCUCUCUCUCCAUUGCUUCAAUUAUUAUUAUCUUCCUCACUCCCUCAUGCUCUGUACACCUCUUUCUUUCUCGCGCUUCUUUGCCUCACCACGUCUAUCACUCUCUCUGUUUCUCUCUCUUCUCUCUCCUCUCCUCUUCUCGGUAUGGUGAGGCUGACUCUGGGAGCUCUGGCAGUGUUUGUAGCUGUGUGUGGAGUGUCCAGUUUUGUGUUGCUGGGGGUGGCUAUAGGGACAGACUACUGGUACCUCAUAGAUGUCUCUCAGAGGCAAAACAACUCCAACCUCUCCCUCAGCUCACACUCAGGACUAUGGAGAACCUGCAACUCCCAGCAGCUCUGUCAGCCAUUCGUCAACCCGUUUGAAGGCGGACAAAACCUCACAGACUCUUACAGACAACUUUUAAAUAUGCACGGGACAUUCAUGGUGUUGCUUCCUCUCAGCAUGAUCAUCAUGGUUGUCGGGGGACUGAUGGGGUUCAUCGGCCUGCUGGCCAGAGCUUACCUACUACUGCUGAUGACUGGUGUACUGUUACUACUGGGAGGUAAGCACCCUUUACCCUACACCCUAUGCCUUAUACACUACACCCUACGCCCUAAACCCUACCCUUAUGCCCUACACCCUAUACCCUACGCACUACACCUUAUACCCUAUGCCCUUAACCUUAUACCCUACGCCCUACACCUUAUAACCUACGCCCUACACCUUAUACCCUACGCCCUACACCUUAUACCCUACGCCCUACACCUUAUACGCUACGCCCUACGCCCUACGCCCUAA